AUGCAGGGAAGGUACUUGCUGAGGGUAUACACAUCGGCGAAGCACAUGACGGCGAACGUGGUGGCGGGGAACCACCACGACGGAAGGGUGGUGGCGAGCGCGUCGACGGUGGAGCACGCGAUCAAGGGCGCGUUUGUAUGGGGAAGAGCGUGCGACGUGAAAGCGGCGGAGGCGGUAGGUGAGGUGCUGGCGAUGCGGCUGAAGGCGGAGGAGGCGGCAGGGGUGACGGUGGGGAUGGGCGGCGAGGUGGACGUGGACUUAGAGAGAGAGAUCGAGAAGAAGGAGAAGGAUAGCGGAGCUAAGGUGUGGGCAGUGGUUAAUGCUUUCAGGAAGAGAGGCAUUAAGGUUGUCAUUCACAAUCACCGUCAAAACACAGGUUAA